AUUUCUUGAAAAAACCACUCCAGCAGCCUUUGAUGACGCCGUGGAGGAGCGUGUGAUCAACGAGGAGUACAAGAUAUGGAAGAAGAACACUCCUUUCCUGUAUGACCUGGUGAUGACCCAUGCCCUGGAGUGGCCCAGCCUGACUGCUCAGUGGCUUCCUGAUGUCACAAGACCUGAAGGCAAAGAUUUCAGCAUCCACAGGUUGGUGCUGGGCACCCACACCUCAGAUGAGCAGAACCACCUGGUGAUUGCCAGUGUGCAGCUGCCCAACGACGAUGCCCAGUUUGAUGCUUCCCACUAUGACAGUGAGAAAGGAGAGUUUGGAGGCUUUGGCUCAGUGAGUGGAAAAAUUGAGAUUGAGAUCAAGAUCAACCACGAGGGAGAGGUGAACAGAGCCCGUUACAUGCCCCAGAACCCCUGCAUCAUUGCCACCAAGACUCCCUCCAGCGAUGUGCUGGUCUUUGAUUACACCAAACACCCCUCCAAGCCAGAUCCUUCUGGGGAGUGCAACCCCGACCUGCGGCUGCGCGGGCACCAGAAGGAGGGGUACGGGCUCUCCGUGGAUGCUCACACAGCUGAGGUGAACUGCCUCUCCUUCAACCCCUACAGUGAGUUCAUCCUGGCCACAGGAUCAGCUGAUAAGACUGUUGCUCUGUGGGAUUUGAGGAACCUAAAACUGAAGCUGCACUCCUUUGAAUCACAUAAAGAUGAAAUAUUUCAGGUUCAGUGGUCUCCCCAUAAUGAAACCAUCCUGGCCUCCAGUGGCACAGACCGUAGGCUAAACGUGUGGGACUUGAGUAAAAUUGGAGAGGAGCAAUCCCCUGAGGAUGCUGAGGAUGGGCCCCCAGAGCUCUUGUUUAUCCAUGGUGGUCACACUGCAAAGAUCUCGGAUUUCUCCUGGAAUCCCAACGAGCCCUGGGUCAUUUGUUCUGUAUCAGAAGAUAAUAUCAUGCAAGUCUGGCAGAUGGCAGAGAACAUCUACAACGAUGAAGAUCCCGAAGGAAGCGUGGAUCCAGAAGGUCAAGGAUCCUAAAUCCAAACUUCCCCUUGGUUUUUUCUUUCUCCUUCUCUUCCCUCUCAGCCCUCAGAUUGACUCAACACUGGUUUUGAGACACACACACGUUGAUUUUUGUGUUCAGCCAUCCUCCUGUAGAUCCCACCACCCAAAAAAGGAAAAAUAAAAAUGCUCAGCCCCCUCAGGUCAGUGCUGUAGCUCCAAAAUUC